AUGCCAGAGUUCUCCAGGAAUGUCAUCAGUCUCUUUCAGAAACGGGCGGCCCCGGAACAGGGCGGUUUGCUGAGCGGGUCGGAUCCGACCAAGUUCAACGAAAACGACCCGUUGAGGUUGUGGAUUAUCCAAGUCGGUAUCAUCAUAUGUACAGCGAAUUUGCUGUCGUUGGGGCUUAGAAAGAUGAGGCAACCCAAGGUCAUAGCAGAGGUUUUAGGGGGUAUCAUUCUUGGUCCCACCGCCAUGGGCCGUAUUCCCGGCUUCACCGAGCACAUCUUUCCGCAACAGUCGCGCCCUUACCUCAGCCUCGUCGCCAACAUUGGGCUCUGUCUUUUCCUCUUCCUUGUGGGGCUCGAGAUCGACUCUGGGGUGAUAAAGCGCAACGCGCGCUUGUCAGCGACCGUCGCGCUCGCGGGUAUGGCACUCCCUUUUGGAAUUGGAGCGGGGCUCUCGUCUGCGGUGUACAAAAAGUUCAUUGAUCCAGGCAUCGAGUUCACGCAUUUCAUGCUAUUCACGGGCGUUGCGUACUCUAUCACAGCGUUUCCAGUGCUGUGCCGUAUCUUGACGGAGCUGAAGCUGUUAGAUACGACGGUAGGCAUUGUGGUGCUGUCUGCAGGGGUAGGAAAUGAUAUUGUGGGGUGGAUUUUGCUAGCACUCAGUGUCGCGCUGGUGAAUGCGAGCACAGGCCUUACCGCGCUGUACAUCCUCCUCGUCUGCGUCGGGUGGACUAUAUUCCUCAUGUUCCCCGUCAAGUUCGUGCUUCGUUGGAUAGCGCGCAAAACAGGCUCCAUCGAAAGCGGUCCAACGGUGUUCUUUAUGACAGUGACGAUGCUCAUCCUCUUCGGCUCGGCGUUCUUCACUGACGUCAUCGGCGUGCACGCUAUCUUUGGCGCCUUUAUCGCGGGCCUCAUUGUUCCUCGCGAAGGUGGCCUGGCGAUCAUUAUCACGGAGAAGUUGGAGGAUAUGGUGUCAAUUAUCUUUUUGCCGCUGUAUUUUACACUUUCAGGACUUUCCACCGAUCUUGGGCUUUUGGAUAACGGUAUUACUUGGGGAUACACCAUUGCGAUUAUUGUUUCCGCAUUUGCUGGAAAGUUUGGAGGGUGCACACUUGCAGCCCAUUAUGCUGCUGGAUUCAAUUGGCGCGAGUCUACUACCAUUGGGUCACUCAUGAGUUGCAAAGGGUUAGUCGAGUUGAUUGUCCUCAAUGUUGGUUUGUCAGCUGGAAUUCUAUCACCCCGUGUUUUCUCCAUGUUUGUGCUCGAAGCACUCGUUUUGACAUUCAUGACGACCCCGCUUGUAACGUGGCUCUAUCCGCCACAAUUUCGACGUCGAAUUGACACUACAGGCCCCACCUUCGACAACGUUGCUGAUGACGAGGCUGUCGUGCACAAAAAAGCCCAACCCUCCUUGGAUGGAGCAUUCAAAACACGCUUUACGGUAGUGCUGGAUAAAUUGGAACAUCUACCCGCGAUGAUGGCGUUGACGCAGCUCAUCCAACCUGCCCCACCGUCUACACAUGACAGGCGCGCGUCUUUGGCCCUUGGCGCCCGAGCACCUUCUCAGAGCAACCAAACUCUCCCCCAUUUCAUUGCUGCCGAAGCAUUGCGUCUUAUCGAGCUCUCUGACCGUGUAUCAGCAGUUAUGAAGUCCUCCGUCUCUGAGUCUCUCUUGCACACUGAUCCACUGCUAUCUAUAUUCCGCAUGUUUGGACAGCUUAAUGGGAUAAGCGUGUCCCCGACGCUGUCUGUUGUGAAAUUUGAGGAGCUGGCGUAUAGUGUGGCGGAGCAUGCGAGGAACUAUGAUUCGGAUAUGAUUUUGAUCCCAUGGCUGCCUCCUGUACACAAUGCAUUUGAUGGGUCGGAUCACCACCACCAGCCGCCGUCAACCCCUCUCCAUCCGCCGACCUCCGGAGAACCCCAGCAACCAAUCGCUCUACCGCCCACAGCUAAUACGGCCACAGCACCGACAUCCAAUUUCCGCAGCCCGCUAGGUCAAAACCCCUUUGACUACUUCUUCCGUGGGUCAAAUAUAUCUGGGGGGCAGGAUGUCAGCACGUCGAUGUCUGUGAUCCAUUCGCAGUUUGUGCGCGGGGUGUUUGCACAGGCGAAGACGGAUGUGGCCCUGUUUGUUGACCAGAGCACUUUGGAUUUGUACACGGGUGUAGGCGUUCCGUCGGUUGUUGGAGCAGAAGGGGGGAAGCAGCAUGUCUUUUUGCCGUUUUUCGGGGGACCGGAUGAUCGGCUUGCUUUGGAGUUUGUGGUUCAAAUUUGUUCGAACCCAAGAAUUAGGGGGACGGUGGUGCGGAUCACCAAGAGCGAGGAAGGCGCUGGACAUGAUGGAAACAUAUUAUCAGCAGAGCCGGGGCCGGCGGGGGACGAGGGUAGGAAUAUGGAAGAAAUUAACGCUUUGACUAUUGGUUCGAGAAUUGCAGGUCCUGAUACAGUGUAUGGACAGCAUAAUACAGAGACAAGGCUUCAAUCGGAGACGGCUGAUAACAUCAUUUGGGCGAGAUACGCGCCUUUACGGACACCAGCUAACAAUGCGCCGGUAUCUGACAGCACAUCCACACACUCAUCUUCCGCAUCCACAACCUCCUCCCGCCCACAGAUCGAGUUCCGCACGGCAUCCACGCCUAUACCCUUACAUACCGCAUUACACGAGGCGCGAGAAAUUGCACUCUCUUCAGCCAACCACAACGCGAAGCUGAUUGUUAUAACCGGUCGGUCGCGGCGCCUGGCGGUGGAGAACCACACGAAGGAGCUGAAGCAGCUUAUGGAAGAGCAGCGCGAGAAAGUGGGUAGCGAGGUGAGGAAGACGAUUGGGGAUGUGGCGGCUGCGUUUGUGGUAGCUGGGGUUGGUUCGGGAUUGGUUGUUGUUCAGCAGGCGGUGGGGAAUUGA